AUGGUGAAUCUUCUUUCAAACAAAUCCCUCAGACUCCUGACAAUCCUCCUCUCUAUUUUUGGCAUCGGAGCUUGCAUCUCCCAUUGCUUCGUCUUCAUCAUCCUUUUUUCGAGAAUCGAGACCUUCGGACGCCUCUGGAACUUGGAAGCAGUUAGGGGAGAGGAAGAAACAAAACUGCCCUUGUCGAUUUUGGGGCAAGGGCUUUGGUGUGGUGGAAUGGCUCUGUGCACGGCUUGUGUUACUUUUAGCUAUAUUUCAGCGAGAAUUCAGAACAAUUUCGAUCAAUUCUGCUUCCGCGGAGAGCGUUUUGCCACCAACAAUGUCGUCUUUCUCUUCAUCCUCACUUUCCUCAUCUCCCUCUUUGGCACUCUUACCGAUGGUUACGGCCUGCUUACUCUCCUAAAAUCGUCCUGGUUCUCGUCUCUCGGGGGGACGGCGCUUUUUUCCAUGCUCCUGAUCGAGGUUUUCUGCAUUUUGGGCAUCAACAUCGUCGCCUUUAUCUGCAUUUCCUUCACUUCCAAGGACGACUUUCUCAUCAUCCAGGCUCGAAAAAACGCUCAUCUUUACGAUCAUCUUCCUCGUCUUCAAGCGGGCGAUGCUACCUCUUCAUCCUCCAGGUCCUCCAGCUCUAGAAAUAGCCGCACAGAAGUCCAGUACGCCCCGGUUUCGAAGAAAAUGACUUCUGCUUGGGGACAUUUUAACUCAGCCACAGACCUUUAUCACGUAAAAGCGCUCCCCUACGAUUCCCAUUUUGUGGACAAAACUACUUCUGGCUACAGCAGCUCGAUUUCAGUGGAGAGCGAAAUGGACAAAGUCGGGAUUGAAAACUGCGAUUAUUAUUUGCCAAAAGCUCCUGUUGUCAGGCUUCAGUGA